UUUCCAUGUGAUUGCACCAUAACCAAUAAAAAAUCUGGAUAAAUGACAUCUAUCAACAUUACGUAAAAUUUAAAUAAAUGUGUCAUUUUAUAUUGUUUGUUCAUUAAUCAAAGAAUGACUUCCAGUUUCCUUAGACGGUUUGGUAAUAAAAAAUGUUUGAACCUGUUUUCAAUAGGUCAAAUAAGACUGUCAAGUUCAACUCAGUGUGUAGAUCCUCCUGAUGAUUUAUUUACAAUUCCUAGACCACUUUCAAGAGAAAAUGAACCUAUUGAACAACGUCGAGCCAGAUUAGUCUAUCAGUCAAGAAAACGAGGUAUGUUGGAAAAUGACUUGCUUCUCAGCACAUUUGUUGCAAAGUAUUUGAAAUCUUUUGAUGAAACCCAGUUGGAGAAAUAUGAUAGAUUAAUUAACGGUCCUUCAAAUGAUUGGGAACUUUAUUACUGGGCAACCAAUCUUAAGGAAACACCCAUUGAGCACAAUCAUGAUGUCAUGGAUUUAUUGAAAUAUCACUGUAAAAACUUGAAUAAGGAACCGAGAAUUCGACAACCAGAUCUUUAAGUAUAGAUCCGUUGUAAUGGCUGUAAAUUAUUGUAGUAUUUAUUAUCAAUAAAAUAUAUUAUGUAACAAAAUUAUAUUGAAUAUAUCAAGAUUUUUUUGAAAUAAAUGGAUGACUCAUU